CGUCAUUGUGUGUGUGUGAGAGAGAGAUGAGAUAAUCCAGACAGAGAGGACGAGAGACAGAGAGGGGAAAGAGCAAAGAGGAACGAGACUAAGAAGAGUGGAAACUGCACGGGACUUUUUACAACUUCAAAACCCACAAGCACCAUGUCUCAGAUGGAAGAGUGUGACGAUGAGCGGGCACAGCGUCCAGAGGUGCGGGAAGAAGAGCUGCUGGAAGCGAGGGAUCAAUUGUCCGAGAAGAAGGAGGUGAAGAGCAAGACCUUUGAGGUGAUGGAGGAGUGCGAACGUGCCGGCAAAACAGCUCCUUCUGUGUUUAGCAAAGCUCGCGCAGGAACGGAAACAGCAUUCAACAAACCAGGCAAGAAGUAACCAGAGGACACCUCCGGAUAUCCCAACAAAUUCCCAUUCAUUUUUAGUCUUGAACACAAUUACUGUAACACUGACGUGUUGAUAUGGGAAGGAACUUUUUUUUUAAAUAAAGUUUACAUACACUUUU